GCCAUCCCCCCAGAAGCCGAGCAGACGUCGUGGGGCGCCGACGUCACGCUGAAAGCCGAAAACCGCUCGCGGACGAGGAUCGACGCGGUCGCGGUGGACGCCGCCGAGUGUCAUCGCGCACGUGCAGCCGCGACGCCGGGGCCGGGACAAGCAGCCAGGACCCACCACCAGCAGGACGCCGACCAGGAUCUUACGGCGAGCUCCCGCAUAUGAGCACAUGCUCGCGCUCGAGAGCCGGGAAAAGGCACUAGAGGACCAUGGGCGCGGCUCAGAGCGUCGGCAGCGACGCCGACCACCACCGGGACCCGGCGGCGACGUCCCUGGCUGAGGACGCCGUCGACGACGCCUGGUGGGGCACGCCAGCACCAGGACAGGAGCAGGCACCGGCGAAGGUCGACGACGACGCGACCGCGGCGGUGUCCGAGACCACGGCGCCGACCCACAACGCGCGCGAUGACGUCGUCCUGGCGCUCGCGCGGCGCGUGGAGGACCUCACCGCAGAGCUGCAGCGGGAGCGGCGCGAGCGGCAGAGCCACUGGAGGGAGGCGGUGGCGGAGGCGCUCUCCAGCAGGCAGCGGGAGCGGCGGGAGGAGAGCCCGCGCGAGGAGCCCCCGGAGGACGCGGGCGCGACCACGGCGCAGUUGUCCGACCAGCGCCGGCGCGAGCUAGCCAUGCUGCGCACGCAGCUCGGAGCGCACCGCGAGGCGCGCCGGCUCAAGCUGGAGGCCGUGUCGGCCGAGAUGGAGCGCCUGCGCGCCGAGCUCGCCGCCGAGCGCGCCCUGCGCGAGCGGCUCGAGGCGCGCGACGAGCAGGACGCCGAGCGCCACCACCAGGACGCCAUGGCCGUCGAGGCCGAGCAGCUGCGCGAGGACCUGGCCCGCGAGCGCGACGCCCGCGCGCAGGUGCACCUGCAGGCGUUGCAGCUGCAGGUGCGCUGCGACGAGCUGCAGGCGGCGCUGGACGCGGCCGACGGGGACGCGAGGCGCGAGCGAGACGCGGCGGGCAGCGCGCGCCUCGAGGUCAGCCGCCUGCAGGCCGAGGCCGCGGGUGCCGUCGAGGAGCUGACGGCCUCGAGGGAGGAGGCCGAGCGCGUGGCCGCCGAGCUCACCGAGGUGCAGCGGCAGGCGGCCGCGCUCAAGGAGGUGGCCGCCAUCAGCAAGAGGAUGCUCGCCAUCCGCGAGGAGCAGGUGCGCGACAUGAAGCAGCAGCUCACCGCCAUCGAGGAGAAGGUGGGCGGCCCCGACCACCAGGCCACGACCCUCAGCAACCUGCGCGCCGAGUACGAGAAGCAGAUCGCCAACAUCCGCGGCCUCAAGCAGCUGUACGAGGAGCGCGCGCGCGUGCUGCAGCAGGAGAAGGACAAGCAGGCCGGCGACCUGGAGCAGCGCAAUAGCGAGGUGGCUGAGCUACAGGACGCCAUCAAGGAACUGGAGGACAAAGCGAGCCGGCUGGAGGCGUCCCUGUCCGAGCGCAGCGACGCCCUGGAGGAGCUCGAGUUCCAGCUGGGCGACUCGGUUGCCGAGUGCCAGAGCCUCACGGCCCAGAUGGAGCGCAUCAACGGCCUCUUCACGCAGAUGCUGGUGGGCUGCAGCCACCCGGACCAGCCCAUCGACCUGGACCGCCUGUCGCACUUGCUGCACGAGAACCACGACCUCAUCGCCGACAUCACCGUCAAGGGUUGCGGUACAGACAUCGCGCCCGUCCUGCCCAAGCUGAUCCUGGAUCUCAUCACGCAGGUGGAGAACGAGGCCAGACUGAAGCAGUCCGCCGACGAGGAGGCGGCCAGCCCCGAGGACGGCGGUGAGCUCGCGCCCGAGGUCGUGUCCGAGGCCGAGCAGCAGCCCGACCAGGAAGCGGAGGAGGGCGCCGCGCCCCAGAACGCAGAGCUGGUCAACGAGAUCGCCUCCAACCUGCCCAAGGUGUGGGCCGUGCUGCGCGAGCUCGUCUCCCAGCAGGCGGGCGGGGGCGCGCGCCGCGGCUCCGUCGGCGACUCGGAGAAGGGCAAGGCGUCGUGCUACACGAGCGUCAACACGCCCGGCGGACCGCGCAACGUCAUCUCCGUCUCCAAGACGUACAUCCGGCUCAAGGACCUCAUCGUGGAGAAGCGGUCGCUGCAGCGCGAGCUGGGCAGCCUCAAGCAGCUCAACGGCCACCUGGAGACUCGCCUCGACGAGCAGGAAAACAGGCUCGCGCAGGUGUCGUCCGAGCUGCACAAGACGUGGGGGCUGGUGGGCCGGCUGCAGGCGCAGCACCAGCAGCUGCACACGCACGAGAAGAUCCUGCGCUACGAGCUGCACCAGAAGCGCGAGCUGCUGUCCGAGCUCAAGCAGGAGCUCGAGUACUGCCGCGAGAAGUGGGAGAGCGCGCGAGAGAAGAACUCGCAGACGGACCGCGAGUGGCGCCAGCUGCGGCGCGAGUUCGCGGCGCGCAAGGCCCGCGACGCCACGCGGCUCGACGACUUCAACAACAGCACGUCGGGCGAGAGCGGCCUGGGCGAGGACAGCGGCGAGGACGACGCCGACGUGUCGUCCGGCCGCUCAGAGACGCCGUCCGUGGCCGAGGACGUGCCCCCCGGCGUUGCACCGUCACCGUCCGCCGCCGAGGAGCAGGACCUGGUCGCCGCCGAGCCCGACCUCCCCGUCGACACCGCGGCCGGCAGCAGCACCGCGACAGUACCCAUCCUGGUGUCGCUGGCGCCGCAACUGGAGGCGACCGAGCAGGACGGCGAGCUGCAGUCGCUGGAGCUGGCCGAGCUGGCCCCCGUGCGCUGCGUCAGCACGAGCGCCUGCCGCGUGGUCACCACCGAGCCCCUGACGGCCACCGUGGUGCGCUCCGCGGCCGUGGUGCUGCAGACCGAGGUGGUGCCCGCCCAGCACGCCGUGUCCACCACCGUGGCGCCGCGUCGCCGCGUCGCGGAGGAGACGGACGACGCCCGCGACGGCGACGCCGCGACCCGCCUCAGCGACCUCAAGGCCCGCGCGCUGGUCCAGUACGCCCAGCGCGUCGCGAGCCUCGGCAAGCAGGACGCGCCGCGGGAGGAGCAGCAGCAGCAGCAGAGCGGCCAGGACGCCGCCCAGGACACGGAGGAUGACGAGGAGGCCCCCAAGCAGGAGCUGGCCAGCCCGCAGGUCAGCCCCCCGGACACCCCGCAGGACGCUGCGCUGCGGCCGCCGCCCACCCGGGAGGUCCCGCUGUUCGGCGCCCUCGCCGGCGCCCUGCCCGCCGCUACACCCGGCAAUGCGGGCGGCAGCCCGUUCCUGUUCGGCAACUUUGACGUCGCCUCCGUGGACUUCUCAUUGUCCGACGUGGCCGCCUCGCUCAGGCUUCCGUCCCCGCCCGCUCCCACCCCGGACCCCGAGGAGCGGCCGGCUGCCCCCGAGGUACCGCCGCCACCACCACCGCCGCCAACGCCACCCCCGGCCCCCGAGGUGCCACGAGCGGAGAGGAGCGCCGAGGAGAUCCUGGCCGGGCGGGCCGCGCGCCUGCAGCGCCUCGAGCAGCAGGCGGACUGGCUCAAGAAGAAGGUGGCCAACACCAACCGGCGGGGCAGCGCGCUCGCCAACAAGCUCGAGGAGCUCCACGAGCAGUACGGGCCCGCCGCGUCCGCCGAGUCCAGGACGUCACCCAGGGCCGACACGAGGGUCUCCGCCACCACGGCGACAGCCUCCACUUCCUCGCCAACGGCCUCCGCGACGACACCAGCGGAGCGCACGCCCGAGGAGAUCCUGGCGGCGCGCGCCGAGCGGCUCAGCCGGCUGGAGCAGCAGACCAGCUCGCUGUUCAGCCAGAUGAACCGCACGUCGCACAUCGGCAACAUGCUGUCCAACCGGCUGGAGGAGUUGCACGAGCACUACGGUCAGGAUGCCUCGCCCUCACCCCCGCCCCCGCCCCCCAUGCCCGACGCCCUGACGGCCGGCCGCCUCCCGGUCACCUCCCCGCCCCCGUCGCCGCCGCCCGCCCCUGAGGCGGACCAGCAGGAGAGGCCGUGAUAUGCAUAGAAAGUUAGUCAUACGAUUUCUGUCCAAAGAAGAAGACUGAUGGCUCAUGACACUCCUCGGCGGAUGUCGCCGAAGAGCAAAAAAAGUAUGUAUGUACAUAGUAUAAGGACUGCCCCCUUUUGUUUGUCACGAACUGGUCACUACGUGACAGGAAAUACUGAAUAUUUUACCUAGAUUUGUGUAGUUUAUACACGUUUCCUAGCUACUUUUAUUUUUAAUUAAGAACAUGCACUACGCACUUCCGUAAAAGGUAAGAAACCUUUAAAAACUCGAGGUUUUCUCCUCAAUGAGAAUGAGUGUAUGUGUAACCUUCCCCGCAAGUCCAGCACAAGGUGCUCGACUAUGACAUCGAAUGUAUAUUCUCGUACCUGCUAUACUGUUUUUUUUAUUAUAUACACACAUGUGACUUUAAGUACUUUUUCUACAAAGUACAAAUAUAUUUGCAGAUAUGCCAAAA